AUUUGCUUACCUUUAUACUCUCUCUCUCUCUCUCUCUCAGAUUCUUCGCCCAUAGAGACUACAAAACAAUCGAAGAUCCAACAAUGUCACACCUCCUCCCUGCUUCUUUUGCUUAAUUACGGUUUUUCUCUCUCUAGUUCACACUUUUUGACCCCCUUCGAAUUUCCUAUUAUUUAUACAAUAGAGCACUCUCUUGCGUUCUUUUACUCCGCCAAGUUUCAAAAUUGUGUUCCUGAAAUUCUUUAGGUGGGAAUUAUUCGUCUUUGGUUAGGAUCGGAGCUCAAAUUAUCUAAAAUUUGGAUUGUGUUUGCUGCCUUUUCGAGUGCAAUUUUGGGGUUUUAUAUUUGUGGAGCUUUUGGGGGUGACUGAUCAGAGGGUGCUGGGUUUUGUGGUUGCUGCAUGUAGAAGAUUGUGGAGCUGGUGGUGGAAUUUUCAGUGCUUUUGAGUUGAAGACUGUGACUGGGGACGGGUGGUUGAAAUUUAGGGUUUUGCAUGGUUUGGUUUUGAUUUGGUAGGCUCUGCAUGUGUAAGCCUUUAGGGGUCCUCUGCUCAGUUGUGGAGGAUCCCUGUUGUAAAAAGAAUUGACUUUUGAGGUGUGAUUAGUGGGGGUUCAUGAAUUCUUCGAUAAUUGAUUAUGCUGGUUGAAUUGGGUCGAUAAUCAAGUGAGGAGGUGUUGAAAUUUGCAUUCGUGGUUAUACAGAUUUGGGUGAAAAUGUUUGGUUCGGUUCAGGAUGGGGGACAUGAUAGCAGUGGAGUUUCGGUACCAGUUCUGAUUCCUUGGCUAUUCGAGUGGCGUUAUGGUGGAAGAAGUGUGUCACUUUGUGGCUCUUUCACAAGGUGGUCGGAAAGAAUACCUAUGUCUCUGGCGGAGGGACGCGAUGAUGUAUUUCAAGUUGUUUGGAACUUAACAUCAGGACACCACGAGUACAAGUUUUUUGUCGAUGGAGUGUGGCAACAUGAUGAGAACCAGCCCUUUGCAAGCAGGAAUUAUGGGUCAGUAAAUACCAUCUUUAUUGCUAGGGAACCAGAUAUGAUUAAUUCUACUUCUAGCUCCCCGACACCUGGCAGAUCCAACAUGGAUGUGGAUUAUGAUAUCAUUACACCCACGGUCUCGAUGUCACAUGGUGCCAUUCCAAUGAUAUCAUCAGUUGAUUUAGAGGUCUCUCGCCACCGUAUAGCUAAUUUCUUGUCUACACAUACUGCUUAUGAGUUGCUUCCUGACUCAGGCAAGAUCAUCGCCUUGGAUAUCAAUUUACCUGUGAAGCAAGCAUUUCAUAUUCUUCAUGAACGGGGACUCUCUGUGGCUCCUCUCUGGGAUUUUUGCAAGAGUCAGUUUGUUGGAGUUCUCAGUGCAUCGGACUUCAUUCUAAUUUUGAAGGAGCUUGGGAAUCAUGGAUCACACUUGACAGAGGAACAACUUGAGACACAUACAAUAGCAGCUUGGAAAGAGGGAAAACUACAUCUUACCAGAACAAUGGAUGGCAAUGGGGGGUCAUUUCCCCGUCGACAGCUUAUCCAUGCUGGCCCUUAUGAUUGUAUGAAAGACGUCGCUUUGAAAAUUUUACAAAACAAGGUGGCCACUGUUCCCAUUAUCCAUUCUUCACAGGAUGGUUCUUUUCCACAGCUAUUACAUCUUGCUUCGCUGUCAGGGAUACUAAAAUGUAUCUACAGGUUUUUUAGACAUUCUUUAAGCUCCUUGCCCAUUCUUCAGCAACCCAUUUGUUCAAUUCCUUUGGGUACAUGGGUUCCAAAAAUUGGGGAGUCGAAGCCAUUUGCAAUGUUAAGGCCAAAUGCGUCUCUUAGUGCUGCUUUAACUUUAUUAGUUCAAGCUGGAGUUAGUUCGAUACCAAUAGUGGAUGAUAAUGGCUCAUUGCUGGAUAUGUAUUCACGAAGUGAUAUCACUGCUUUGGCAAAAGAUAAAGCAUAUGCACAGAUUCGCCUUGAUGAAAUGAGUAUUCACCAGGCAUUGAAACUGGGGCAAGAUGCAAAUUCUCCUUAUGACUUCAAUGGACAGAGAUUUCAGAUGUGUUUGCGUUCUGACACUCUAAACGAAGUGAUGAAACGGUUGACAAAUCCUGGGGUUAGGAGACUUGUCAUUGUGGAGGCUGGCAGCAAUCGUGUGGAAGGUAUAAUUUCAUUGACCGAUGUGUUCAACUUCUUGCUAGGCUAGCUGGACUUUGUUGACCACCAUUUCACUUGAAGGGGUUAUGGGGAAGUCCCAUUGUUUUUUGACAUCUUGUAUCUUGAGCUACUCUCUUCUUCCCAUUGUGCAAUGUCUAAUUUGUUUCUCCAAGUCGUCAUUUGACAAGCAUAGUGCCUCUGAGCCCAAUCACUCUUUUUAGGAUAGAAAAUUUUAAAGAGAAAAAUAAAUAUGUAUAUUGUGAGGAUUCAAUUUUUCAUUUUCAACGCCACGGCCUAAUUAUUAUCCUUGUUCGUGGCAUAGCUGCCAUGUUUGUGUCAAGUGCUAACAGAAAGCAAAGAGAAAAGAAAAAACUGAAGGUUGGUUGGUUGUGGAACACCAUGAACACCAUAUGAUAUGUCAUACCUUGCCAUUUGGUGGGGCUGUAGUUAAAAAGCCUUGGUUGCUGAUCCUUGCUUGUAAAGAAAGAGAUGUUUGCUUGUCGUUUGUAUUGUGACACUGUCGUUCGGUGGGUGCUGUGUGUGUGACAAUUUAAGUCACAGGUUUUACGUUUGUAUAAAAUUUAAGAUAGCUUGUUUA